AUGUCGAUUAAAGCAACCCCCUGCACCUCUCUGAUUCAGAGGCCACUCAACCUCCCCACACCCAGCCUCCCAACCUCCCAACACCCAGCCUCCCAACCUCCCAACACCCAGCCACCCAACCUCCCAACACCCAGCCUCCCAACCUCCCCACACUCAGCCUCCCAACCUCCCAACCUCCUAACACCCAGCCUUCCCACACCCAGCCACCUAGCCACCCAGUCUACCACACCCAGCCUCCCCCACACCCAGCCACCCAGCCCUCCCAACACCCAGCCUCCCAACCUCCCAACCCCAGCCACCCAACCUCCCAACCUCCUAACACCCAGCCUUCCCACACCCAGCCACCUAGCCACCCAGUCUACCACAUCCAGCCUCCCCCACACCCAGCCACCCAGCCCUCCCAACACCCAGCCACCUAGCCACCCACCACCCAGCCCUCCCAACACCCAGCCUCCCAACCUCCCAACCCCAGCCACCCAACCUCCCAACCUCCUAACACCCAGCCUUCCCACACCCAGCCACCUAGCCACCCAGUCUACCACAUCCAGCCUCCCCACACCCAGCCACCCAGCCCUCCCAACACCCAGCCACCUAGCCACCCAGUCUACCACACCCAGCCCUCCCAACACCCAGCCACCUAGCCACCCAGUCUACCACACCCAGCCUCCCCCACACCCAGCCACCCAGCCCUCCCAACACCCAGCCACCCAGCCUUCCCACACCCAGCCACCUAGCCACCCAGUCUACCACACCCAGCCACCCAGCCUUCCCUACAUCCACAUCCCGGCUACCCAGCCUUCCCACACCCAGCCACCCAGCCUUCCCUACAUCCACAUCCCGGCUACCCAGCCUUCCCACACCCAGCCACCCAGCCUUCCCUACAUCCACAUCCCGGCUACCCAGCCUUCCCCACACCCAGCCACCCAGCCUUCCCUACAUCCACAUCCCGGCUACCCAGCCUUCCCACACCCAGCCACCCAGCCUUCCCUACAUCCACAUCCCGGCUACCCCCACAUCCUCCAUCUACUGAGUCCUGGUCCACCACAGGUCCACACCACAGGUCCACACCACAGGUCAACACCACAGGUCCACACCACAGGUCAACACCACAGGUCUACACCACAGGUCAACACCACAGGUCUACACCACAGGUCCACACUACAGGUCUACACCAUAGGUCUACACCACAGGUCAACACCACAGGUCCACACCACAGGUCUACACCACAGGUCUACACCACAGGUCUACACGACAGGUCCACCACAGGUCCACACCACAGGUCUACACCACAGGUCCACACCACAGGUCCACCACAGGUCCACACCACAGGUCUACACCACAGGUCCACACCACAGUACCACAACUGGUCUACACGACAGGUCCAAUACAGGUCUACACCACAGGAGCACCUCAGGUCUACACCACAGGUUCACCACAGACCCACGACAGAUCCACCACUGGUCUACAUCACAGGUUCAAUACAGGUCCACACCACAGGUCCACACCACAGGUCCACACCACAGCUCCACACCUCAGGUCAUUGACCAUGGACCAGAGCAAGGUGGACCACUGACCAUGGACCAGAGCAAGAGGGUUCAAUCCCUGGACCCCACCACCAGAGGGUCAAAUCCCUGGACCCCACCACCAGAGGGUCCAAUCCCUGGACCCCACCACCAGAGGGUCCAAUCCCUGGACCACACCACCAGAGGGUUCAAUCCCUGGACCCCUCCACCAGAGGGUCCAAUCCCUGGACCCCACCACCAGAGGGUUCAAUCCCUGGACCCCACCACCAGAGGGUCCAAUCCCUGGACCCCACCACCAGAGGGUCCAAUCCCUGGACCCCACCACCAGAGGGUUCAAUCCCUGGACCACACCACCAGAGGGUUCAAUCCCUGGACCCCACCAGCAGAGGGUUCAAUCCCUGGACCACACCACCAGAGGGUUCAAUCCCUGGACCCCACCACCAGAGGGUCCAAUCCCUGGACCCCACCACCAGAGGGUUCAAUCCCUGGACACCACCACCAGAGGGUCCAAUCCCUGGACCCCACCACCAGAGGGUCCAAUCCCUGGACCCCACCACCAGAGGGCGCAUACUCAUUCUCAUGUUCAGGCCCUCACAGACACACAGAGGCUGCUUGA